AUGAAUGAGCUUGAAUGCCCAUCAAAGGAUUCACAUAAAGAGGGCACGGAGAUGGAAAAUCAGCAUCCAAAAGCUAAUAUAAAUGUUUUACAAAAGAACACUAUGAACGGGCAUUCCAAGAAUCCAGUUCCUCCCAGAAGGUAUUGCCUAACCACUGCUAACAUUUAUUCCGAUGCAAAGGCUGCUGCCAUCAUGUUGAUGACGGUCCAAGAUCCAGAUUUUUAUGAUUUUGACAAGGAUAGAACAGAAAAUUCAUUUGGUGAAAACCAGAUUUGGGCCGCUUGUGAUAAUGAUGAUGGGAUGCCUUGUUUUUGUGCUCUGAUUCACGGUGAGAUUUUAGGAAGCCAUUCAAGAUGCAGAUCAUGGGGAUUUGAGGAUAGGCAAGUCAGUAUGACACGCAAUACUUUAUCAGACAGAGGUAAAUGGACGAAAGGGGCCAAAGGGAGCAUCCAAAUCUUUUCGAGGAAGGAGGAAUGUUGGGCUUUGUAUGGGAAUUGGUCACCUGAUUGGAAUGAGCUUACCCCAGAUGAAGUGAUACAUAAAUAUGAUAUGGUAGAAGUGCUUGAAGAUUAUAACAGAGAGCAAGCUGCGAUAAUUGCUCCUUUAGUUAAAGUUGAUGGCUUCAAAUCCGCUUUUCACCAGCAUUUGUAUGCAAAAAUAAAAUUGGCUGAUUCCAAGAGAGGAGAUUUUUUUGAUUCUCUCUUCAAGUCCCUUCGUGCUUGCUUACUGGUCAAGAAGCUCAAAAUGUUCUCAAGGGUUGCUGGGAGCUCAACCCUGCAGGCUGCAGCUAUGCCUUUGGAACUUCAUCCGGUCAUAAUAGAAGCUAAAGAGGUGGAGACAGUAGAGGAUGUCGGAGAGGCUAAAAAAUUGGGAAGGUUGGACAGUGACGGAAAAGCCAAGGAAGAGUUGCUUAGGGUAGAGAAUGCCAGUACAAACAAGGACAAAUGGGAUAGUGGAGAUGACAAUAAUGCCGACCCAGAAGCAGUGACAGUGAUGGCAAGGAAGAAACUGGGUUUGUUGUUCUCGAGUAAUCAUCAGUUCUAG